AUGGCCCUGAAGCGCAGAGAUGUGAUCCUCGCCGCCGUCGCCGUCUUCAUCGCCUGGGGCUACCUCACGCACUGGCAACCCAAGCUCCUCUACCUCCCGUAUGCCUUUGUCGCAGGCGCGCUCGCCAUAAUAGCUGUACAAGCAUGGUUCAUAUUGACCACGGCAUGGCGAUUGGAUUCGACCGGCGGCGGCGGCAGAGAAGAGGUGUACUACGGCGCGAAACAUGUCGCAUUUAUAAGUCCUGGGAAAUGGCAAGCUGAGAAGAUGGCUCUGACGAAGCGGUCCAUGUACAUGAUGGAGCCCCUCUAUCCCCCCUCUUUUAUGAUAUCUGAUAGCUUGGACGUUUUGGUUGGUCUAAUACUGCGCGACUUCGUGAAGGGUUGGUACGGGAAUAUAAGUAAGAGUCCGACGUUCGUGAACGAGGUGGAUCGUGCCAUUCGAGCGGCCCUGGGCGAAAUAAGGGAUCGCAUCCUCGCGGUGGAUAUGGUGGAGACGGUUGUCUCCAAGAUGAUACCUCUGAUCACCGAGCACCUCCGAGCUGCUUACGAGGCAGAGCGGGUGGUUCGUGGCCGGAAGCUCUCUCGCAACGUCACGGAGUCGGAAGAGCUCGAUCUCGCGAUCGCAUCCAAGUACAAUGAUGGCCGAUUACAUCCUGCGGCGUCUUUGGCGUACUCCAACACGAAGCUAGUGCAGCAACAGCACCUUCGUACAAUGGUCAACAAGUUGCUACCAUCCGUCUUGCCCGCGAAUAUGGCCACCAGCCCCGCCGUCAACGUGUUGAUCAAGGAGAUCGUUGCUUGCGCGAUCCUAUCCCCCGUGAUGCAAAUGCUUGCUGAUCCGGAUACUUGGAAUCAAUUGAUGGAAGGUUAUGGACGUACCUUGCUCCAAGAGCGAACCACGGUUCGCAAGCUCCGUGCUGCCCUCGACGAGCAGACCCCCGCUUCCCCGAAGCAGCCAAAGAACCUUCAAUUCCCGACUCUGGCGCCGCACGACAAUGAACGUCGGUUCGAAAGGUUCAUCCGAGCCAUUCGGCAGACGAAUACCCUGGCCGACGCUCGCCGAUUCCGUAGCGAGAUCUCCAGCCAAUUGCGAAAGGAUUCGAUGGUGGAAGGGCAAGAUCCCGUGUAUCUCCGGCGUCUCGAAACAGCAAGACGGAUUCUAGACCAGAAGGUGACCGCCCUGAGUGCGGGUGGGUCGGUGAGGGCGAAAGUUGCUGCUCAGGAGAAGCCGAAACACAAGCGAACGACAUCUAAGUUCGAGAAUGCGUCUCUGCGGGAUGUGCUCUACGACUCCUCUGGGUUGUCCUGCUUCAUGGAGUACAUGGAUCGCUUGAGCUUGAUGAAUCUUGUCCAGUUCUGGAUCGUGGUUGACGGGUUCCGGAAUCCUCUCGAGCACGAUACAGAUGAACCUGUGGAGCAUCUUGGCUCUCUGCCGGCGUGGAAGGAUUCCGAUCGCGCUGAUCUGGCGCAGAUCAACGAAGCUUAUCUGUCAAAGCCUGAGCUUAAGAUUCUGCCCGACGCGCGAGUGGCAGUCAGAGAAUUUCUAAAGGCUGGCCGACAAGCUACUCCGCAGCAAUAUUACAAUGCGAGGCGUCGUCUCUUGCAAGCACAAACUGCCGUCUAUGAUGAGCUUCAGGAGCCUCACUUCAGAAGGUUUAAGAGAUCAGAUCUAUACUACAAGUGGUUGGCUAUGGACGAGGCAGCAAAUGCUUCCAAGGCAAGGUCGAUAGCGCAGACGCUCGACGAACCGCUCGCACCGCCUGCCAGAGUGUCUCGCACGCAAUCCACCCCAAAGCAUGCACUGCAGGUGCCUGACCUGCGGAGAGCCGUUGCUUCUUCUUCAGACCUAAAAAGCCAGGGAAUUAUCAAGGAAAUUGAUCCCCCCAUGCGUCGAUCGCUAGAUGGGGCUCCGACAAGACCGCCACUCUUCGACGACGACUACGACAGCGACCCGUUGGGCAACUCGAUCGCAAGUUUGAAUUCAGACCCCGAAAACAUGCGAGCGAAGGGAGAUGAUCCUAAAGUGGUCGAUGCUAUGCAAGCUGCCUUGGAUGACAUUAUGGGUGGCGAACCUGAGGGUUCCUUGUUUCACGAGUCGGGAUUAGUUUCGCCAGAUAACGAUUCGAUGAGAGGGUCCAUGGAGCUACCAAGAGCAACAUCCCCUCACCCCAUGAUGGUGCACAGAGACAGCCAAAAGCCAAGCAUAGCUUCGCUCGGAUUAGUCGGAGCUCCCAAGACACGUGGCGUUUUCAACGACGACCUCUUCGGGGAUGAAGAAGAGAAGUUUCUUGAAGACGAGAUCGAAGAGACAUCAGCCUCCAAUAAGGCAGAUGAAGACGAGAUACACGAAGCCGCGCCUGGAGAUCUCGGGUUGGCAGAAGCAAUAGAUGCCCUCACUGCUGAGAUUGAACGCUUGGUGACUCAGGAAUCUAUCGUUGACUCUUUGACGUCGAAAGCCGAGCUAACGAAUAAUGCUGCCGAGCUUCGAAUCCUACGGAAAUCCAAAGCUAGCUUGCAACGAGAGAUCCAGAGAAAGGAGUUGCAGAGGCAGCAGUACAUAGUGCAAGAGAGUGACAACAGUUUGUACGGACGUGCAACUGUCUUCAUUCAAUCAAUCAUGGUGGGGACCGAAGAGGAUGGAAAAGAAUACGCCAUGUAUGUAAUAGAAGUUCGAAGGAAAGCGGGAGAUCAUAUGCCCGCUGCAGGUUGGGUCAUUACGCGUCGCUACAGCGAGUUUCACGAAUUGAACAAGCAACUCCGCGCAAAGUUCCCCCAAGUGCGACAUUUAGAGCUUCCGCGCCGACAAAUGAUGUUGAAGCUGCAGAAGGACUUUCUACACAAGCGGCGCUUGGGUCUGGAGAAGUACUUGAGAGAUUUGCUGCUCAUACCUUCGGUAUGCCGCAGUCGCGAGCUGCGUGCCUUCUUAUCUCAGCAAGCCAUAUCGCCGACCGAUCCGGCAGCUCAGGACGUUGACAGUCGCGAUUUUGUCACGCGAAUUUAUAGUUCCGUUGCAGACGGCAUGGAGGAGUUCCUUGGUAACAUUCCCGUUCUCGAUCAAUUAUCGGUGGCAGGUCAGAAUCUCAUAACUGCUGCAACAAAUCAAUUGGCUGCUACCAAUGGCACGGUACCUGGUGCUCCCGCCCUUCCGGGUGCUCCCGCAGCGGCGGUCCUCCCUGGACAGCAACCGAACUCAGAUGCUGAAGCAGAAGCAGAACUUCUUGCAUUCGAGAAUAAGGAACUCGAACCUUUCGUAAAACCGAUCUGCGACAUAUUCCUCGAAGUCUUUGAGCUGAACCGCGAGAAUAAUUGGUUACGCGGGCGAGCAGUAGUUGUUGUGUUGCAUCAAUUACUAGGUGGGACAAUUGAACGUAAAGUUCGAGAUAAUUUUGACACGUUCCUGUCAGAGGACAACAUUGUCAAGUACAUAGAGACGCUGAAGGACAGCAUGUGGCCUAAUGGCAAGCUCAAGCAGAGCACGGAGCGAACAGCAGCGGACCGUUCGAAGAGCAGGACAGAGGCCGGCGUAGUUCUCGCCACCCUUAUACCGGAGCUUGCAGCUAGCGUAGUCGGACGAGGUAAUGCACAAUCAGCAAGUCGAAGACUUCUGGCUACGUUGAACAACGAGAGGUUAAAGUAA